GGGGAGGGUCCUGGAUCUGCCUGCUACCCCGGGACCAGGAGACCAGUUUUCUAUUGGAUGCUAACUCGUUCAUGGUGGAACUUUGGAGCUCUGCUUCCCAUCCAUUGACAUGUGGCAAGGUCUUGGGCCGGUCUUCCGAAAAGCAUUCUGUGCACGAUGUUACUGAGCGGAUGGGUGUCUGCGCUGCCGUAACUCCUGUAGCCCUUGUCACUAGUCUCCAACGAUCAGGCAGGGUUGAUUGGCAACGUUAAUGUUGAGCGUGUUGUGUUUUAAAGUGCUAAGGAAGAUGCAGAGACGGCACAGCAGCAUCACCGACAACCUUCCUCCCGAAAGGAGCCGGAGUCAAGUCAUCACCUCCGAGACGAGCGUGGAAGAAGGUGGCGUUUUUGAAGGCCUCAAGUCAGAAGCUCCGCCUCCGCAGCAGCUUUUUUCAGGGCUGGGCGGCAUCCCAUCGGGACUCGGAGGCAUCCCGUCGGGCGCCAUCACGGCCACCCCUUUCCAGUCAAGUUUGGUGCUGGGGUCCUCGGCAGGAGGUGGCGAGGUGUUCAUCCAGAUGCCUGCCCCACGGGAGGAGGGAGCCAGCCGGACAGACGGAGGCCCAUAUCACCACCGGCAGCUGCCUCACCAUUACCAUCACAGCCACCAGCGCGGUUCCUCCCUGCUCCACAUGGCUGGCGGUGACCGUCAUGGACAUCCUGAGGAGGGCCCGGAGGACCAGCCAGGGACUCCAGCUCCUGCCCUUUCAGAGCUGAAAGCUGUGAUCUCCUGGCUGCAGAAGGGGCUCCCCUUCAUCACGAUUCUCUUGGCUAAAGUCUGCUUCCAGCACAAGCUUGGAAUUGCUCUGUGUAUCGGCAUGGCCAGCACUUUUGCAUACGCAAACUCAACUCUCCGUGAACAAGUCUCCUUGAAGGAGAAGAGGUCAGUGCUGGUGGUAUUCUGGAUCCUGGCCUUCCUCGCAGGGAACACCCUGUACUUGCUCUAUACUUUCAGCUCCCAGCAGUUGUACAACAGCCUUAUCUUCCUGAAGCCUAACGUGGAGCAGAUGGAUUUCUUCGACCUGAUGUGGAUUGUGGGGAUCACCGACUUCGUCCUCAAAUACCUCACCAUCGCUUUGAAGUGCCUGGUUGUCGCCCUGCCCAAAAUCAUCCUGGCUGUUAAAUCCAAGGGGAAGUUCUACCUGGUCAUCGAAGAGUUGAGCCAGCUGUUCCGCUCCCUGGUCCCCAUCCAGCUGUGGUACAAAUACAUUAUGGGGGACGAUCCAUCCAGUAGCUAUUUCCUGGGCGGGAUUCUCCUGAUUAUGUACAGCCUCUGCAAAUCUUUCGACAUCUGUGGCCGCGUGGGAAGUGUGCGGAAGGCGUUGAAGGUCCUUUGCGCGCCUCAGAGCUACGGAGUCCGGGCGACGAAUCAACAGUGCAGUGAGGCGGGGGACAUCUGUGCCAUCUGCCAGGCCAAAUUCCGGGACCCCCUGGUCCUCUUGUGCCAGCACGUCUUUUGUGAAGAAUGCCUCUGCCUUUGGUUUGAUCGGGAGAAGAAUUGCCCGCUCUGCCGCUCGGUGGCUGUGGAAACUCUUCGGUGUUGGAAGGACGGCACCACCUCCGCUCAUUUCCAGGUGUAUUAACGUCCAGGUUUUACAAAGCAAUAGGACCUGCUUGGAAGAGUGAGGAGGGAGAAGGAGGAGCAUUUCCCUGCCUACUUAUCUGAAGUCACCGUAACUCCUUUCCCUUCUUCACAGGGCACGCCAUUAACUGAUGGAACUCCUUGCCACAGGAUGUGACAAUGGCCACUAACUUAGAUGGCUUUAAAAGAGAUUGGAGGAAUUUCACAGUCUGUUCAUGGCAACUAGUCAUGAUGGUGAAGUGGAACCUCCAUGUUCAAAGGCAGUGUACCACCAAAUAUGAGCUGCUGAGCAGUGAAGGGGGGCAGGCAGUGAUGGUAGAGGACCUCCUAGAAGUGCUUGGUUGGCUAUUUUUGGACGAAAUGGACUUGGUUCUGAUCCAGCAGGGCCCUUCGUAUAUUAUCAGAGAAAUCAAUAUUUCUUAUUGCGUGUGCCCAGAUGAGCAGACUUUGGUGGAUUUGCAGAAGGGCUGCUUGCAAAUGAUCCAUCCGCCUGCCUGCGUGUUGAUGGUGUUCACACAUUCCCCUGUUGAUGUGGUGCAGCCGUCUGAGAAUACAGUAUUGUAUGCCAGAGUUUCAUUUGCUGCCUAUGUCGUGGUCCGCGCUUCCCUAAAUGACUAUUUGCUCUGCAUUAAUCAGUUGGGUGUGUUUUUGCUGCUGUUGUUUUAAAUAUCUAUUUAUUUUAA